GGAAACCGGUGGAAUCCGCACAGAGUGAGGAGAGCGAGCCUCUGGACUUCCAACCGCCCAGCAUGUGAACCGACGCUCUGCGUGAAGCGAAGGCGAAAAACGAUGGAAAUCUAUCCCUUUUCCUCUUUUUAGUUUUCAUCGACUCGUGCCACAAUAACCGAGACUCAGUAUUCGAGACGCUGGCUUAAUUCCGAUUUGCAUUACCUGGAGAAAACUGGACUAUUCGGUGGAUUUUCCGCGGACUGGGAGUGAGAGUGGACUGCUUGGAGUCACUUACAAAGACCAUUAAGAAGUCAUGACACGACGAACAUUUUACUUGGAUUUAUCUUCAUGAAAUACGAAAGAAAAGUCGACUACAGUUACCCCAACUCGCCGUGUGUGUGCCGCAGGUGAAGUGUUUGGACAUUUUCUGUAGUUCUGUGGUGUUUUUCGCCGUUUUUAAGUCGCCCCACUUGGAUCAAAGUUUUUCUUCCCUCCCCCUCCUCCUCAACUAUGGCGGCGGCCAGGUUUACCACUGGCUCCGUGUUGCUGCGGAUCAUGUGGCUGCUCUGCGGGCUCGGGCUGUCUCUUUCGCCCGCUUCUGCUCAACAUUACAACAGCGAGAGCGGAAUAUCCAUCCCGGAACACGGCUUCUGCCAGCCCAUCUCCAUACCGCUGUGCACCGACAUCGCCUACAACCAGACCAUCAUGCCGAACCUUCUGGGCCACACGAACCAGGAGGACGCCGGGCUGGAGGUGCACCAGUUCUACCCGCUGGUGAAGGUCCAGUGUUCCGCGGAUCUCAAGUUUUUCCUCUGCUCGAUGUACGCUCCGGUGUGCACCGUGCUGGAGCAGGCCAUCCCCCCGUGUCGGUCCCUGUGUGAGCGGGCACGGCAGGGAUGUGAAGCCUUGAUGAAUAAAUUUGGCUUCCAGUGGCCGGAGCGCCUCCGCUGCGAGGCUUUCCCCGUUCACGGCGGCGGGGAGAUCUGCGUGGGCCAGAACACAUCGGAACCGGGCAGCCCGGCCUCUUCUUCGUCCCCCUUAGCACCCGACCCCAUGACCCUUCCUCCGAACAUGGGCCGGCCGAACCAGCGCCCACCCCAGCACAGCGCGUACCACCAGUUCUCGUGCCCGCUGCAGCUGGAAGUGCCUUCCUACCUGGGUUACAAAUUUAUGGGGGUCAAAGACUGCGGGGCCCCCUGUGAGCCCACCAGACCGACGGGGAUCAUGUAUUUUCGGGAGGAUGAGGUGAAAUUCGGCCGGCUGUGGGUGGGCAUUUGGUCCAUCUUAUGCUGUGUGAGCACUCUAUUCACAGUGCUCACCUAUUUGGUGGACAUGAGACGGUUCAGAUACCCGGAACGGCCCAUCAUCUUCCUGUCCGGGUGUUACUUCAUGGUGGCGGUGGCCUACGCCGCUGGAUUUUUCCUGGAGGACAAGGUGGUUUGUGUGGAUAGAUUUACACCGGACGGCUACAGAACGGUGGCCCAGGGGACGAAGAAGGAGGGCUGCACCAUCCUCUUCAUGGUCCUGUACUUUUUUGGAAUGGCCAGCUCCAUCUGGUGGGUGAUUCUGUCCCUGACUUGGUUCCUCUCUGCCGGCAUGAAAUGGGGUCACGAAGCAAUCGAAGCCAACUCUCAGUACUUCCACCUGGCCGCGUGGGCCGUGCCGGCCAUCAAGACCAUCACCAUCCUCGCCAUGGGCCAGGUGGACGGGGACGUCCUGACCGGGGUGUGUUUCGUCGGGAUCUUCAACGUGGACGCGCUGCGCGGCUUUGUCCUGGCUCCGCUGUUCGUCUACCUCUUCAUCGGCACGUCCUUCCUGCUGGCCGGCUUCGUGUCCCUGUUCCGGAUCCGCACCAUCAUGAAGCACGACGGCACCAAGACGGAGAAGCUGGAGAAGCUGAUGGUGCGGAUCGGCGUGUUCAGCGUGCUCUACACGGUACCGGCCACCAUAGUCAUCGCCUGUUACUUCUACGAGCAAGCCUUCCGGGAGCACUGGGAGCGCACGUGGCACAUGCAGACCUGCAAGCGCUUCGCGGUCCCCUGUCCGGUCCACAACUUCGCCCCCAUGACCCCGGACUUCACCGUGUUCAUGAUCAAAUACCUGAUGACCAUGAUCGUCGGGAUCACCUCGGGGUUCUGGGUCUGGUCCGGGAAGACCCUUCAGUCGUGGCGGAGGUUCUACAAGCGUCUCAGCAACGGUACCCACGGGGAGACGACGGUGUGAAAGGUUUUCAGGAUUAAAAAGAGAAAAAAAAAUCAACCACACAGAGAAGUUUUGGAUACAGCAACCUGAAAAUUAGGUCUAAUAGCUUUUUUUUGUUUUUGUUUUUUAAUCUCUUUGGAUGUCUUGUUAUUUGGAUUUUUAUGUUACCAGGUUGUGAAAUGCAUUUGGACACAACCAAACUUUUCUCUAUAUUCCAUCAAAGUGGGAUGAGUUGCGUUUUGAGUAUAUUUCCGUUUGUCUUAUUUUUUUCAUCAUCAUCAGACAGCACAAGAUUCUGGAUUUUUUUUCCAAUCUCUGGAUUAUAAACUGGUUUAAAUGACCAUGCUGGUACCUGAACUGUAAGACCAGACUGGUGAACUGGCUUUUAAUACAACACUACAAGCAUAUUAUCAAUUAUACCUUUAUGUUACAAUCUGAAUGUACUUGUUUCUGCUCUUUUUGAGAGCUUGUCAGUGGAAAGCAUCAUAACAGAAAAGACUGAUGUGUCAGAAAAGACUUGUGGCCCUGUGUUCGAUGCCAGCGAAAGGGUGAACCAGCCAGACCCUUUGACUGUGAAUUCAUCCAUUUGAGAUGCUUGGAUUACACAUGGACGUUUCGUGUUACUCUGCCUUUUAGCAUAAGUCCGAAAAGCUUUAAUACAGGUUAGAUUUUGCAGAGUACAAUCUCAUUUGUUAUAAGAUAAUGAAUCAGAUCCAACAAUAUUUGCCAAGGGGCUGCCCAGACAUCAAAACAUAUUUUUUCACAGAAAAAAAAAAGUUUUAAAGAUUUACGAACUGAUGCAUAUUUGCGCCUGUAUUGAAUGUUCACUCCGAAGGUGAAUGAAGUUACUUAUUGGUUUGCACAGCUAUUCUAAGUGUUAAAAAUGACUGAUCCACACACACAGAUUGACCUGGAUCUAACAUUUAAAGAGACCACACACAAACUCCACUCUGUAAUUGAGACACAGCAGCUCAUUGUUUGUCUCUGUGUGUGGUCUCUCAACUGUUGGAUUCUCCUUCAAAAAGACUUUUUAAGCUUUUAAGACGGCCAACGCACCAUUUCCACGAUCCUGAUUUAAUCCGUGGGAGUGCGAAAGGCCGCUCUUGAUUUUUAUUGCGAUUUUGAUCCUGGAUAAAGAUGACCAUACACAUUCACGCCUGUUUUCUGUUCCAUGUAACCCGACUUGCCUCACUCGCCUUGUAAUGUCACUUGAAGUGUUGAAAUGGUUUCCACAUGCAGGUCGAACAUUUUGGAGUUCGUUACAGUUUUUUAAAAUCUUUUUUUUUUUUUUUUAUACUGUCCAUACUGCCUUACCCAAACCUUGAAAGCACAGAAAUGCUACGUCUGUUCUCUGCAUGUGGAAACAGGAUUUAUGUUUGAUGUUCUAUGUUGGGAACAUGCCAGGGAGGAGGUCAGAGGUCACUGCCAGGUGGGAAAAUGUCUGCAGAGUUCAGUGCAGACAGACUGCAGUAUUGAGUGGAGAUGGGAGUAUUGUAUGUGGGAUAAAAUCACCCCAGUAAAACAGGUCAGAAAAAAAAUGUAUAUAGAUGGAAUCUAACAUUGACUUGACCCCAGAUAGUUCACGUGUUACAGAAAGGCAAUAUUUGAACACAGUGUAGCUCUUUUAGUCAAAUGAUUCAAUUUUGAGGACAUAUUUUGCAGUCAUUUCGCAAUCCUCAUGGAAGUGGUGCUUUAACUUUAACUGAUCAAACACUAAAAUUCCAGCGAAAACAACUGCUUUCACUCGUGAAGGCCGAGAGCGUCAGAGCUAACACUGAUAGAGGAUAAAAUAAAUAAAUGAGUGACUGUGGUAAGCUGCUGCUGCUGCUGCCUGAUGUGCUGCGGCUGUUGAGAGAAUCACAGUUCACCUCUCAGACUAAAUAAUGAGAUCAGCCUGAGACCUUGUGGACAAGCAGGAAAACAUGUUUGUAUCCAGACUGAGUCAGCUGCAAGGCAGCAUGUGUUUGCCACAGGCUUGUGAAUGUGUGUGUUCGUGUGGGUGUGUGUGUUUUUGCUGUAUAGCACAUUUUCUCUGCAUACAUCACACAUAAAUACUGAAUGGCAACAUUCUGCAGCAACUAUAGACGACUGACACCAUUAUGACUUCAUAGACUUGGCAUUCGUGUUAUUUUAAUUGUUAAAGAUGUGUCCCGAGUCUAGAUAUAUUAACACUAAAAGAAAUUGCAUAUUUUGUACCAAUUUUUAUAGUAUACUUAAAACCAGAUUGUAUAUAAUGCCAAUUUUUCUGAUGUGAAUGUACCACAUACCUCAAACUCUGGUUACGAUUUGUAUGUGGGGUUGAGUUGAGAACAGGACAAUGUUUCACGAUACGCUCUCCUCCAUGUUUUUCUUUUGUUUUUUUUCUAACCGAACAGUGAAAAAAAAAAAUGUGUUACCUGUUUAAGACAGACGAAAUAUGCCAGCUUAAAUGAAACCAGACUGACUUGUUUGUGUUGUACUGUUUUUUCAGAAGGAAUAUGAGUGUUUGUGUAUUUUCCUUUCUUCAUCAAAUCAUAUGCAAAACUUACCAAGUAGACACACUCUGAUUUUUAAAGGCAUGUUGUAUUUAUGGGGGUACUCGUCAUUUUUUUACAUUUUUUUUUUUUUUUAAUGAGAUAAACCAGUCAUGUGUACAGUUUGAAUAAAAACGUUAAAGUUUG